AUGACUCUACCAAAGCUAGGAAUAGGUGAUGAUGAAGGUGAAAGCAAUGUUGCUUUGUUGGUUUCUUCAUCAACCUCAAUGGAAAAAAGUGUGUGUUUGAAUUUGAAUGGUUCAAAGCCAAAAGAGUUUAACUACAUGGGGUUAUCUUGUGAUUCUGCAUCAUCAGUGGAUAGUUUGGUUACAAAGAUUCAAUCUUUUGAAGAUGGGGGCAAGAGAAACUUGAAUCUUAAAGCUACUGAGCUUAGAUUGGGACUUCCUGGAUCAGUGUCUCCGGAAAGGGAUUGUUCGGAUUUUUGUUUGAGAAGUUUUGAUGAAAAGCCUCUUUUUCCUUUGCAUCCUCAAAAAGAUGAAUCAAAGUAUGCUGUUUUAGGUAACAAACGAGGGUUUUCUGAUGCCAUGAAUGUUUUCUCAGAGGGGAAAAUGAAGCCGGGCUCCAAUAUGCUUGAGAAUGUUGCGGCGCUGCAAGGGGGCAAUGAAAUAGCAACAGUUAAGGUUGGUCUUGAGAGGCCAAACGGUGUCGGUGAAAGCAGACCAAAUCUUAAUGGUUCUGCAAAUAAUGGAAAUAGCAUUGCUCCAGCUACCAAGGCACAGGUUGUUGGUUGGCCUCCAAUAAGAUCAUUUCGGAAAAAUUCAUUGACAACUGCUUCAAAGAACACGGAAGAGGUUGAUGGAAAAUUGGGAUUAGGAGGCGCCGUGUUUGUGAAGGUUAGCAUGGACGGUGCUCCUUAUUUGAGAAAAGUAGAUUUGAAGAACUACACUGCAUAUUCAGAACUAUCUUCUUCUCUUGAGAAGAUGUUCAGCUGUUUCACCAUAGGACAAUGUGAAUCUCAUGGAAAUCAGAUGCUGAAUGAAACAAAGCUGAGAGAUCUGCUUCAUGGGUCAGAAUAUGUUAUUACGUACGAGGAUAAAGAUGGUGACUGGAUGCUUGUGGGUGAUGUUCCUUGGGAGAUGUUUAUCGAUACAUGCAGGAGGCUAAGGAUCAUGAAAAGCUCCGAUGCGAUCGGUCUAGCCCCUAGAGCAGUUGAAAAAAGUAAAAGCAGGAACUAG